AUAUGCAGAGGAACGGAAACGUGAUCGUGAACGUGGCCGCCGGGAGGAGGUCAUCCUUUACCGUCACAGAGACUCUGAAACCACCCAGAGUGAUAGUACCGAAGAGGAGGACGCAGAAAGCUCAAAUGGAAGCAAAGUGAAGGCUCCCACAUCGACUACUGUGAAUGAAAGUGCAGAAAACAAAAGAACAUUUUCAAAAGAAGCCGUUCCUGUACCAUUGGGCCACACUGAGCGGACUGAGCACGCCCUGGCAAAGCACACCCAUCAGAAGGCAGCCAAAACUUCCAAGAGUCCACCAACCAGUAAGGAAGCCUCAAAGCGCAUGGAGCUUGCCAAAGAGGCCACUGAAGGUUCUACAUUUGUGGCUAACAAGAGAAAUGGAAAUGCUGACCAGAAAGGAUCUGGUGACAGUCACAGCAAAACAUCAAGAAAUGGCAACAAAGGUCCACCAAUAAAGGAGGCUCGUCAUGCAGUGUCAGAUAAAAGUAGCGACUCUGAAACUGAUCAUGCCAGGCAUAUCGGCCAUGAGCGAAGAAAAGAACGCAGACGAGACGCAAAUGCAGACCACAAAAGAGUUGAUUCUGAAAGACGGCGCAGUGAUGAUGCUCAUGAUCACCAGCGGGAUACAGAUCAUCAGAGAAGGCAGGACAGGGGCCAUGAUCGGAGACGGAAACAUGACAGGAACAGAGACAGGGACCGUAAAGAAAACCAUGAGCAAGGCUGGAGAGGGGAUCAACACAGGAGGGAUGAUCACAAGCACAACCGAAGAGAAGGUCGCAGUGAGAGCCAUAGAGAUGAGAACAGCAGAAGAGAUGAUCACAGGAGCGAUCGAGAUCGCAAUCAGAGGGAUGAACAAAAAGAUCAUCACAGGGAUGAUAGAAGAGAUGAGCAGAGGGAGGACCGAAGAGGCGACUCAAGAGGUGAUCGAAGGAGAAAUGAUCGAAGAGAGGAUCGAAAGGGUGAUAAUAGAGAUGACGAGCAACUUGGUGAUUUUAGAACGGACCGUAGUGGACGGGAGGAGCCAGUGGGGCAAAAGCGAGUGCGGAAAAGUUCACCUGAUGCAGAGGCACCACCACGGAAAAAGGAUGUGAUCACAGGGCGCACUGGUGGUGCUUACAUACCACCAGCACGCCUUCGCAUGAUGCAACAGCAGAUUACAGACAAGUCCAGUGCUGAAUAUCAGCGCAUUGCUUGGGAAGCGCUGAAGAAGAGCAUCAAUGGCUUGGUAAACAAAGCAAACGUGGGAAACAUAGAUGUAAUAAUCAAAGAGCUGAUGCGGGAGAACCUCGUUCGUGGAAGGGGUCUUUUGUGCCGCACAAUCAUGACUGCCCAGGCAGCGUCACCCACCUUUACCCAUGUUUAUGCAGCAAUGGUGGCAGUCAUAAACACUAGGUUUCCUCAGACCGGGGAGCUUAUAUUAAAGAGACUGGUGAUCCAGUUCAGACGAUCAUUUAGGCGAAAUGACAAGCUCACGUGCAUGGCAUCUGUGCGUUUCAUUGCACAUCUUUUGAACCAGCAAGUGGCACAUGAAGUAUUGGCCCUGGAAAUCUUGACACUCCUCCUUGGAAACUCGACCGAUGACUCUGUGGAAGUGGCCGUGGCAUUUCUAAAGGAGUGCGGCAUGAAACUGACUGAGCUGACGCCAAAAGGAGUUCAUGCUAUAUUUGAACGUUUGAGAAGCAUUCUUCAUGAGGCCAGUUUGGACAAACGAGUGCAGUACAUGAUUGAAGUUAUGUUUGCUAUACGCAAAGAUGGAUUUUCUGCCCAUCCCAGUGUUGUGAAGGAGCUUGAAUUGGUUGAAGAGGAGAGCCAGUACACCCACUUAUUGGCUUUGGAUGAUACAUUGGACGGGGAAGAUAUGUUGAAUGUAUUCAAGUUCGAUCCGGAGUUCAUUGAAAAUGAAGAGAGAUAUGCAGAGAUCGCAAAAGAUAUAUUGGGCAGCGAUGACGAAGAUGAAGGUUCUGGAGGUGAUGAUUCUAAUGAUGAGGAGGAGGAGGAAGAAGAACAAGCUGGAGAGAAUGGUGAGAUAAUAGACAACACUGAGACUAACCUGGUGGCACUCAGACGGACCAUUUAUUUGACAAUUCAAUCGAGCCUUAACUUUGAGGAAUGUGCUCACAAGUUGCUGAAGCUUGAGCUCAAACCUGGACAAGUGGGGGAAAUGUGCCAUAUGAUUCUUGACUGCUGUGCUCAGCAGCGCACAUACGAGAAGUUUUUUGGACUGUUGGCUCAGCGUUUCUGCCAGUUGAAAAAGGAUUAUGCAGAGCCUUUUGAACAGAUUUUCUUGAGUUCAUACGACACCAUUCACCGUUUUGAGACAAACAAGCUGCGCAAUGUUGCCAAGUUCUUUUCUCACCUUCUCUUCACAGAUGCCAUUCCAUGGAACGUUCUUUCUCACAUCAAGCUUACCGAAGAUGACACUACAUCAUCCAGCCGUAUUUUUAUCAAGAUAUUGUUUCAAGAAUUAUGCGAAUACAUGGGUCUACCAAAACUGAACGAAAGAAUAAAAGAUCCGACACUUCAAGAUGCUUUUGAAGGUCUGUUUCCGAGAGACUUGCCCAAGAACACUCGGUUUGCCAUUAAUUUCUUCACCUCUAUUGGCCUUGGAGGACUGACGGCUGACCUACGCGAACACCUGAAGUCUGCUCCAAAGCCAGCACCAGUUCCAGACUUGAUUGCUGCACCUCCAGCAGUGUCAGCAAAGAAGUCUGCUUCAUCAAGCAGUGAUUCCACUAGUAAUUCAAGUAGUAGUGACUCCAGUAGUGACUCGGACAGUGAAUCCAGCAGUUGAAUGGGUGAAAUGUACAUAUCACACACUCUCACUUAAUAAGACUUUUGAAAUAACCUGUAUUUUAAUUUAAGAUAUGGCAUGGUUGAGCAGUGCCUUAAAGUUGAAAAGUUGUGUAUGAAUGUUUGAGAUUAUCUGUAGUGGCAAGAAAGUUGAUGGUGGUGUGAGUUCCACCACAAUCCUUUCUAAAAAUUUUACUGGUGAGCUGUCAAGAUUUUUUCCAUUGCAUUGGGAUUCGGGCCUUGUUUGGGAGGGAUGCUUUUAACUUCUUUGUAUAUAUAUAUAUGCUGCUUCAUCACUGAUGGGCAUGGGCACUGCAUUACUCGCGCAGGUAAUCUUCAGUAUAGAAUAAUGGAAUGUGUAGCACCCCAGCACCACAACAGGUACUGCCUCUGACUCUCGUCCAAAUGACAUUUUUUAUAUAACAAAUGACUGUAUUUAAAAGCAAUGAUGGGGUGGGAGGGGGGCAGUGA